AUGGUAGUUGUCAACAACGCUCAAUGCUCCACUGCGAUGAAAAUCUUUGUUUUAGUCUGGGUAGUCCUUUCCGGUCUUUUAAUGGUAGCGACUGGUAUUACUCACUUUUGUACCAACGACUUCACAAAAUAUCGGUUCCCGACAAAGAAACACAACAACUUGAUAAAAAGUCAAGGUGGGCUCUCAUUAGUCUUCGAGGCUUUAGUUCUUAUAGUCUUUGGUAUCAUCUUUGUUGCUCUCCCUUUCUUCUCUUUCUUCGGAAAGUUCAAGUUCAUUGUGACUAUUAAAGUCGCUUACAACAGAGCUACACUCAUCGUUUUCUACUUGGUCGGAGGUCUUAUUAUAUUCCCUAUGUGCGGUAUUAUGGGAUUCCUUGUGGCUAUCCUCUUCUGGCUCUCAACUCUCGUCAUUAUCGUUUCUUUCUUCUUCUCUGCUUCUAUCGUCUUCAGGGAGGACACAAGCUCAAGCGACGGAAAAUAA